AUGGGUAUCAAAGGGAUAUACAAAGAAAUUGGCCCCGGAAAGCGCAUAUCGCUCACCAAACUAGCUGUUGACCAGCUCGAGCAGACGGGCAGGCCACUGCGCCUCGCAAUCGAUAUCUCUAUCUGGCAAUUCCAGGUGCAAGCAGCGAGAGGUGGCUCAAACCCGGCUAUCCGCACGUUGUUCUACCGCUUGCUUCGCUUGCUCAGCCUCUCCAUCCAGCCCAUCUUUGUUUUUGAUGGACCGAACAAGCCUGUAUUCAAGCGAAACAAGCGCUCGGGCCGCGGAGAUGGUGUCGCUACUUCCAUGGCCAAACGGUUGAUCCGCCUCUUUGGUUUUCAGGUCCAUGACGCCCCCGGCGAGGCCGAAGCCGAGUGUGCAUUGUUGCAAUUAAAUGGCAUCGUGGAUGCCGUGCUCAGCGAGGAUGUCGACACCAUCAUGUUUGGCUGCACCCGGACUCUGAGGAAUUGGUCAGCCGAGGGCAAGGGCAAGACACCGACGCAUAUGUCACUUUUCGACACUAAGGACCUGCGUCAGAGCGAGUCAGGACUUGACCGUGAGGGGAUGGUGCUGGUUGCUCUUAUGAGUGGCGGCGACUACCUACCCGAAGGGAUUCCAGGGGCUGGUGUCAAGCUGGCCUGCGAGGCGGCCAGAGCAGGCUUUGGCAAGACCCUUUGCCGUUUCAAAAGCUCGGACGCCUCUGGUCUCAACGAUUGGAGAGAUAACCUCAUGCACGAGCUGCGGACGAACGAGAGUCGGUUUUUCCGGACUAAACAUAAGGCUCUCGUGGUUCCGGAGGACUUUCCCAGUCUAGAGGUGCUGAGGUAUUACACUCAUCCAGUAGUUUCGCCCCCCUCGGUGCUGGAGAGAUUGCGAAACCAGCCUUGGGAUAAGCCAAUCGACAUUCUGGGAUUACGAGAAUUCGUCCGCGAGACGUUUGACUGGAACUACAGGGGUGGCGCGAUCAAGUUCAUUCGGGUCCUGGCACCAUGUCUGCUUGUCAAGAGGAUCAUGCAACUAAGUGCUGCGGGUACCGACCACGCUCGCAGUCUCGAGCAAAUACAAGAAGAGGAGCAAAGUCUUGUGAACUCUAUCAAAAGCCGACGUGAACACUUCAGCACAGACGCCACACCCGAACUCCGAAUAUGCUUCACACCCACAGAAAUCGUUGGUUACAAUUUUGAGGAAGAGCCGGAAGAAGAGAUCGAAUAUGGCCGAGAUGGACUUGCGUUGAAUAGCGAUGAUGAGUUUGAGGCCCUGGCCGACGAAGAUGGAACGGGAGCCGUCGCUAAACUUGGACCCAAGAAGCCAUUCAGUCCCAAUGAGCCGGACUUAUUCUGGAUGCCGGAGACAAUCGCCAAGCUUGGAAUACCUCUGAUGGUCGAAGACUGGGAAGAAACGCAGCGUGCUAAAGCGUCCAAGAAGAGGACGACAAAGGCACCGAAACAGACUGCAAGACUCGGGGGUAUGGCCAUAGGAGCUCUUGACAGGUUUGUCAAGGUCUCCAAGAACCUCCCACCAAGCAGCACAGUCACGAAUACGCCGCUCAUUGCCAAGCCCACGGCGUCUUCACGGAGCGAUAACCCACUGGAGGUGCUGCCUCCUUCGUCGCAGAAUCGGUCUGCACUUCCAGCAACUGCGUUUCAACUGCCGAAAACCUCCAGGCCUAUGAGAUCCAGUAAGCAAUCAACGAAGCCCAAUCUCAAGAAGGCCCCUGGAACGUCUCGGGACCCCAAAGCGGACUCUAGCGUAAACCCGUGGACGAUCGCUGGCUCACGGUGUAGUCCCAGGGCCAGCAAGACCGUAUCGACCGCUCCCAAGUCUUCGGAAGCCAUUUUUAUAUCAUCUAGCCCCCCUUCGUCGCCUACCAAGUCUUCUCGCUCGCGUGUGAGGCAGACAUCAAGUCCUCCUCCCGCCGAAAGUGGGCUUGACAGUUUUAUAACGAGCCCUCAAAAGCGGCGAUCCAGGACGCCUUUAGAGACAACUCCAGAUCAAAGCUUAAAACUGCAGGCCACCUCGAGAGCUUCCAGUCCCUCGCCACAACAGGAUGGGAGAACACGUCGGAAACUAGCCAGGACAGAGUCGAUGCCAGCGAAUUCCCCCAGAGGAGAGAAGAGCCAAGACAUGUUCAGUACUCAACGCAGUGCCCUGACGAGAGCCCGCACGAUCGCUGUAGAAACCUCUGCGGCCGGUGCCGAGUAUGAUGGCGUUGACAGCGAUGAUGAUCUGGAUCUCCCACCGCUUAGCACGUUCGCGGGCAAGAUCCCAAGUCGUGUUUCACCAAUUCCGCCCUCACUCACCCCUCCCGACACAAUCCUGCAUCCCGUGAUAGACAUAGAUAGUUCACCAUUGUCCAAACCUGCACCACCUCGCUCUAUACCAGCAGUGUGUUGUCCUCCUACAACUACGGCGGCAGCCUCGCCUGUAACAGCCAAGACGGGGAACCGCAGGCAGAGCAAACUGAACGAUGCCUUCGGCAUGCGCACCACCAAGAUCUACGCACCGCGCAAGAGCGAGCCGGGCUUCUUCAAGGAGAUCGAGGUCACGGUGGCCGAGGCGGACCGGAUUGGGAGAGAGGGCGGGCGGAAAUGGAGGAUGAGCGAUGUCAGUAUCAUUGAUCUGACUGGUCAGUGA